AUGAGCACAAACAGGGCCGUAGUCAAGAAUGCCGACAUGCCGGAGAGCAUGCAGCAGAGAGCCGUGGACUGUGCCAAAGAGGCUAUGGAUCAGUACAACAUUGAGAAAGACAUCGCUGCACACCUCAAGAAGACCUUUGACAGGGAGUAUAGUCCCACUUGGCACUGUAUAGUCGGUCGUAACUUUGGCAGUUAUGUGACACACGAGGCACGCAACUUUAUCUACUUCUACAUGGGCCACGUUGCAAUUCUUCUCUACAAAUCUGGUUAA